GUUAGAUCAUGGUUAUUGGUUAGAUCACUGCCAAAAGUCUGAAUUCUGUUUAAUGUUUUUCUUAUUUUCUUGUAGACAGAAUUUUCCUGUUUUUCAUGCAUGUUUCGUAGCAGUCAGAAACUAUAAUUGAUCGUUUACCAUUAGAUACAGGAUUGUUAUUCUAACGAAUUAUUAUAAAAAUUCUUAAGAGAUGUGAAAAUGCGUAAGAACAUAAAAAUAUUACUGCCCUUAUUAUCACCGAAUUCCAAAGAUAUAUUUUUUAAGGGUUUUAUUACAUUCUCAGAAGAUACUGUAACCAUUUACAUAAUAAAAUAUGCAGAUUCUAAUGACUUUUGGUCUGAGAAACAACAGGAGAAUGAAAUUUACGGUUACUGUGGGAAUUACUUUCCAAAGAAGUUGUCAAAUAGAUUUUUGAACUUCCUAGACAUUGAACAAAACUUUACGUUUAAAAUUAACAAGUUGAUUUUAAAUGGAAUACAAAUUGUUAUAACUAGUAAUUGUACUCUUAUGCUUUACGAUUAUAAUAGUAUUAAAGAUUCCCAAGCAAUUGAUGACACAAAAAACAACUAUUUUACAAAUCUGGUCAGUUUGAUUAAAAAGGAGCAUGGACAAACAGUUGAAGAUGAUGAGAAACACAGCAGUAAAUAUUCAUACUGGCUGGCAAAUUCGAUGUUCCUUCAGCAUAUAUAUAAUUAUUGGAUACUUAUCAAAUGGUUGAUAUCAACUAUUGGAAGGGAUAAAAAAGUAGCAGUGCGGCAGGGUAACUUGAUUUUAGCAAUUUUGAUGGACAUUAUAUUAGGAUACAUUGCUCUUCAACUGUUAUCACAAGAUAAAAAAGAUAUUAGCAUAGCACUGAUGGGAGUUCUAGAGAGGCUUAUUAAUUCAUUAUAUUCACUACUAAAAUGGCUGAUGGGUGCUCCAGUAGGUUUAAAACUGAAUAAUGCAUUCAAUAAAAUGCUUGGAAAAUAUUUCUCCUACCAUGUGCAACUUUGGUGGCUGUUUCUAGAUGUAUCAGGAGAGAAAUUGGAUGUUAUACUUCACAUAUAUCAUUACAUAGGAUUUUUGGGAUUUACAUUCCAAUCAGCCAUUAUAUCAGAUCUUAUAGUCAUUGCAACAUUCCAUUCAUAUUGUAUCUAUGUGUAUGCUGCCAGGCUUUUCAAUAUCCAAAUAUCUGGACUGAUAGCAUUAUUACGGUUGUUUGUUGGACGAAAGUACAACCCUCUGAGAGGUGGCAUUGACUCCUGUGAAUAUACUAACCAAGAGCUAUUUGUAGGCACUGUAGCUUUUACAAUAUUACUGUUACUAUUGCCCACAACAACUCUUUACUAUAUUGUAUUUACAAUGUUCAGAGUGUUAUCUCUGGUGGUCCAGUAUUUGAUAGCGAAAAUGAUCUACAUGGUACAAACACUGCCUAUGUAUGUUAUAAGUUUGUGGCUGGCUCAUUCACCUAAAGUAACAGGUAAAAUAUUAUUGGAAGUGGUAAAUCAAGAUGAGAAUGCACCAUUGAUACUCAGGAUAAAAUUAUUAAAUAAGAGUAUCCCUGAGUUAGUCGAGUUAUUCAAGCCUCCUGUUGAAGUGCCUAAUAAAGUGGAAUGGACCAACCUUUUGUCAAACGUUCUUGUUGGGAAGCAAAUAGUUUAAGAAUAUUAUUAUACUGAGAAUAACUAGUAGUAUGCAAUACUAGUCUAUCUACAUAUGGGAAACUGAAACGAAACAUCAGAACUGUUUUGACUUACUUUAUUAUCGUUCGAUAUUUCAUAUUGCAUAAAAAAUAAAAAGUUGUUUGGUCACCACACACGUGAACAUAUAAAUGCUAGAUACUUAAAACUAUUUGCAGCAAACUGGGCAAAUAUAUUUGAGUAAGGUUACGUAAAAAUAACAAACCAUUGUUUUGCUAACUAAAUGUGUAGACAUAUUACUAGAACAAUUUUCAAUACAAUUAUUAUUUAUUACAGACAUCACACAAAUUGUUUAGAGGUAUGUUACAUUGUGAUACUAAAGUACUAUUUUGUUUGGGGCUAUUUAAAUAAGUGUGUUAUGUUAUAUUUUCGUAUAAAACGCAGUGUUUAGAUAGCAUAAAUAUUUGAAUUACAAAUUCUACCUACA